AUGCGUUGGUCUGCGGGUUUGAGUGCUGCGGUUCGCCAAGCCUUUCAUGAGGCAAUUUCUGCUGCCUUUCCCUCCGUUGAACACCAACCAAUUGUAGGAUAUUCCAAAUUCGGAGACUUUCAGUGUAAUAGCGCUCCGUCUCUAUUUAAAAGUCAUAAAACUGCGUUAAAUCUCAAAUCCCCGAAGGAGACAGCAGAAAAAAUUAAAGAGCAUUUAAAGACAAGCCUUUUCAGCAGAGUAGAAACCUCUCCCCAAGGAUUUAUAACGGUCGACAUUUGCUCUUCGUAUUUGGCGGAUAAACUUCGCAAUGUUCUGUCAAACCCUUUGAAGAUAACUGCAGAAAAAAAGCUGAAGGUGUUGGUUGAUUUCUCUUCGCCGAAUGUUGCGAAGGAGAUGCAUGUAGGACAUUUGCGUUCAACUAUAAUUGGAGAGUCUUUAUGUCGUCUGCUCGAAUUCGUUGGCCACGACGUCGACCGCGUUAAUCACAUUGGCGAUUGGGGCACCCAAUUCGGAAUGCUGAUUCAAUAUAUCAUCGAGGAGCAUCCAGACUGUGCUGAGAAGACACCAGCAAUUGGAGAUCUGCAAAAAUUAUACAGAGCAGCAAAACAAAAGUUUGAUAGCGAUGAGGGGUUUAAACAAAAGGCGAGAGAAGCGGUGGUGAAGCUGCAGUCAGGAGACCCUCUUGCUCGGCGUCUCUGGGAAGCAAUAUGCGCAGUAAGCCGCGAAGAAUUUGAGAAAGUUUAUGCUAGGCUGGAUAUACACCUGAGAGAGAUGGGGGAGUCCGCAUAUAAUGAGAUGAUACCGCCAGUUGUUAAGGAGCUUAAAGACAAGAAUUUGUUGCAGUGUAGUGAUGGUGCUUGGUGUUUAUUUACGAAUAUAAGUUCGGUGCCGCUGAUGGCAGUAAAGAGCGAUGGGGGGUUUGGAUACGAUUCGACAGACUUAGCUUCUAUAAGACACAGGCUGGUAGACUGCAAGAACGAUUGGUUGGUGUACGUCACGGAUAUGGGUCAAGAAGAGCAUUUCGUAAAACUCUUCGAGGCGGCUAAGAUGGCGGGUUGGUAUAACCCGGAGUGUUCGCGUUGUUUCUUCGCGGGUUUUGGAGUUGUCCAGGGCUGCGACGGAAAGAAAUUUAAAACGAGAAGCGGGGAGGUGGUGCGGUUGGUGGAUUUGCUUGAUGAAGCCGUCAGCAGAGCAAAAGAAGAACUAAUGAGAAGAGCAGCAGAAGAAUCAGGCAAGGGUGAAAGUGCAUGCGACGGGGUGAGCUUGGAUCAGCGAGCUGAGAUAUUGGGUUAUUCUGCUGUUAAAUAUUUUGAUUUAAGACAAAACCGAACGACAGACUAUCAAUUUUCCUACGAUAGAAUGCUCGACUCCAAAGGGAAUACUGCGGUGUAUCUCCUCUACGCCUUCGCCCGCAUCUGCGCCAUCUUUCGCAAAGCCCAAGUCGAUCCCGAAACAAUCGAUCCCAGCGCACUUCGUAUUACGGAUCCAAACGAAAGACAAUUGGCGGUUUUGCUGCUGCAGUUUCCUGACGUUGUUUUGGGAAUUCUAGAAGACUUCAUGUUGGCGGAGUUUACUUACAAAAUAACAUCUUCUUUUUCAGACUUUUACAUGAAUGUAAAAGUUUUAGAUACAGACGAAGACACCAGACGAAGCCGUUUGCUGCUGUGCGCAGCAACAAGAAAAAUACUCAAAGUUUGUCUCUUUAUACUCGGUAUCACGCCCCUUGAAAGAAUCUAA